CGAGCGCAGUGGCCGCCUAGGCGCCCAGGGCCGGGUUGCGGUGGCGGCGGCGUCCCCGCCGGGCCUCGCGUGCGCUCCCCUUGCUGUCUGCGGCCGGCCCCCGGCGAAGGUCAAGAUGGAAGAGAUCCUAAGGAAGCUGCAGAAGGAAGCGUCCGGGAGCAAGUACAAAGCCAUCAAAGAGAGCUGCACCUGGGCCCUGGAAACCCUGGAUAGUGUGGAUACCAUUGUCAAGAUCCCUCCACACUUGCUGAGGGAGAAAUGCCUGCUGCCUCUCCAGUUGGCUUUGGAAUCCAAGAAUGUGAAGCUGGCCCAACAUGCCUUGGCAGGGAUACAGAAGCUUCUGGCGGAAGAGAGGUUUGUAUCCAUGGAAACGGACUCUGAUGAGAAGCAGCUGCUCAAUCAGAUCCUGAACACCGUGAAAGUGACGCCUUCCCUCCACGAAGACCUGCAGGUGGAAGUGAUGAAGGUUUUACUCUGCAUAACCUACACCCCAACCUUUGACCUGAAUGGGAGCGCAGUGCUGAAGAUCGCGGAGAUAAUUGAAAACCCGGAUGUCCCGCAGGAAUUCAGGAGUCAAGGGUCAACAGUAGAGUCCCUCUGUGAUGACCUUGUCUCUGUGCUCACUGUUCUGUGUGAGAAGCUCCAAGCUGCCAUCAAUGACGGUCAGCAGCUGCAGCUUCUGUACCUGGAGUGCAUUCUGUCCGUGCUCAGCAGCUCCUCCUCCUCCAUGCAGCUGCACAGAGGCUUCACGGACCUCAUCUGGAAAAAUCUUUGCCCUGCUCUCAUCGUGAUCCUGGGGAAUCCAAUUCAUGACAAAACCAUCACCUCUGCUCAUAGCAGCAACACGAGUACCAGCAUCGAAUCGGACUCUGCGUCUCCAGGGGUUUCUGACCACGGCCGGGGGUCAGGCUGCUCCUCCACCGCACCAGCCCUCAGUGGGCCCGUGGCUCGGACCAUCUAUUACAUCGCAGCUGAGCUGGUCCGGCUGGUGGGGUCAGUGGACUCCAUGAAGCCCGUGCUGCAGUCGCUCUAUCACCGCGUGCUGCUUUAUCCCCCACCCCAGCACCGGGUGGAAGCCAUCAAAAUAAUGAAAGAGCUACUUGGGAGCCCGCAGCGUCUCUGUGAUUUGGCAGGACCCAGCUCCACUGAACCCGAAUCCAAAAAAAGAUCAAUUUCAAAAAGAAAGUCUCAUCUGGAUCUUCUCAAACUCAUCAUGGAUGGCAUGACCGAGGCGUGCAUCAAGGGUGGCAUCGAAGCCUGCUAUGCUGCCGUGUCCUGCGUCUGCACCUUGCUUGGGGCCUUAGAAGAGCUCAGCCAGGGCAAGGGCUUGAGCGAAAGUCAGGUCCAGCUGCUGCUUCUGCGCCUGGAGGAGCUGAAGGAUGGGGCCGAGUCGAGCCGAGACUCCAUGGAGAUCAAUGAGGCUGACUUCCGCUGGCAGCGGCGAGUCCUGUCCUCGGAACACACGCCCUGGGAGUCGGGGAACGAGCGGAGCCCUGACAUCAGCAUCAGCGUUACCACGGACACGGGUCAAACCACUUUGGAGGGAGAGUUGGGUCAGACCACACCCGAGGACCACCCCGAAAACCACAAGAAUGGCCUCAAGUCGCCAGCCGUCCAGGAGGGCAAGGAGACUCUGAGUAAAGUGUCAGAACCAGAAGCCGUGGACCAGCCAGAUGUGGUUCAAAGGAGCCACAUGGUUGCCUACCCCGAUAUAACUAACUUCCUGUCCGUUGACUGCAGGAUGAGGUCCUACGGAUCCAGGUACAGUGAGAGCAAUUUCAGCGUAGACGACCAAGACCUCUCUAGGACAGAAUUUGAUUCCUGUGAUCAGUACUCGAUGGCAGCAGAAAAGGACUCGGGGAGGUCUGACGUGUCGGACAUCGGGUCCGACAACUGUUCUCUAGUUGACGAGGAGCAGACCCCCCGGGACUGCCUGGGCCACAGGUCCCUGCGGACCGCGGCUCUUUCUCUCAAGCUACUGAAGAACCAGGAAGCCGACCAGCACAGCGCCCGGCUGUUCGUGCAGUCCCUGGAGAGCCUCCUGCCGCGCCUCCUGGCCCUGCCCAGCGUGGAAGAGGUGGACUCGGCCCUCCAGAACUUUGCCUCCACCUUCUGCUCAGGCAUGAUGCACUCCCCGGGAUUCGACGGGAACAGCAGCCUGGGCUUGCAGAUGCUGAUGAACGCGGACAGCCUGUACUCGGCCGCGCACUGCGCCCUGCUGCUCAACCUGAAACUCUCCCACGGCGACUACUACCGGAAGCGGCCCGCCCUGGCGCCAGGCACCAUGAAAGAGUUCAUGAAGCAGGUGCAGACCAGCGGGGUGCUGAUGGUCUUCUCCCAGGCCUGGAUCGAGGAACUUUACCACCAGGUUCUCGACAGAAACAUGCUCGGAGAAGCCGGCUACUGGGGCAGCCCCGAGGACAACAGCCUUCCCCUAAUCACCAUGCUGACUGAUAUCGAUGGCUUAGAGAGCAGUGCAAUUGGAGGGCAGCUGAUGGCCUCAGCUUCUAUGGAGUCUCCUUUCACCCAGGGCAGGAGAAUUGAUGACUCCACGGUGGCAGGUGUGGCGUUCGCUCGCUACAUUCUGGUUGGCUGCUGGAAGAACUUGAUCGACACUUUAUCAACCCCCCUGACCGGCCGAAUGGCGGGGAGCUCCAAAGGGCUGGCCUUCAUUCUGGGAGCUGAAGGCAUCAAAGAACAGAACCAAAAAGAACGCGAUGCCAUCUGCAUGAGCCUCGAUGGGCUGCGGAAAGCAGCGCGGCUGAGCUGUGCUCUAGGAGUUGCAGCCAACUGUGCGUCAGCCCUCGCCCAGAUGGCAGCUGCCUCCUGUGUCCAGGAAGAGAAGGAGGAAAGGGAAAUCCAGGAACCCGGUGAUGCCAUAGCACAAGUGAAGCUAAAAGUGGAACAGAAACUGGAGCAGAUCGGGAGGCUGCAGGGGGUACGGCUGCACACAGCCCACGUCCUGUGCAUGGACGCCAUCCUCAGUGUCGGCCUGGAGAUGGGCAGCCACAACCCGGACUGCUGGCCACACGUGUUCAGGGUGUGCGAGUAUGUGGCCACGUUGGAGCAUACCCACUUCAGCGACGGCACCUCUCAGCCCCCGCUGACCAUCAGCCAGCCUCAGAAGGCCCCCAGAGGCGGACUCCUCGGGGACCCGGAGAGCGAAGGCUCACCCCAAGAGCAGAGCCUGGAGCAGGGGGGCUCCCUGAGCGCGGCCCCCGUCAUCCAGCCCCUCUCCAUCCAGGAACUCGUCCGGGAAGGCAGCCGAGGCCGAGCCACCGACUUCCGUGGGGGCAGCCUCAUGACGGGCAGCAGUGCCGCCAAGGUCGUACUCACGCUCUCCACCCAGGCCGACAGGCUCUUUGAAGAUGCUACAGAUAAGUUGAACCUCAUGGCUCUGGGAGGUUUUCUUUACCAGCUGAAGAAAGCAUCGCAGUCCCAGCUUUUCCAUUCCAUCACAGAAACGGUUGAUUACUCACUGGCAAUGCCAGGGGAAGUGAAAUCCACCCAAGACCGAAAAAGCGCCCUCCACCUGUUCCGCCUCGGGGACGCCAUGCUGAGGGUCGUGCGGAGCAAAUCGAGGCCCCUGCUCCACGUGAUGCGCUGCUGGAGCCUUGUGGCGCCGCACCUGGUGGAGGCUGCCUGCCAUAAGGAAAGACAUGUGUCUCAGAAGGCAGUUUCCUUCAUCCAUGAUAUACUGACAGAGGUUCUCACUGACUGGAAUGAGCCACCUCAUUUUCACUUUAAUGAAGCACUCUUCCGACCUUUUGAGCGUAUCAUGCAGCUGGAGUUGUGUGACGAGGAUGUCCAAGACCAGGUCGUCACAUCCAUCGGUGAGCUGGUUGAAGUGUGUUCCACCCAAAUCCAGUCGGGAUGGAGGCCCUUGUUCAGUGCCCUGGAAACAGUGCGCAGUGGGGACAAGUCUGAGGGGAAGGAGUACCUGGUCGGUGACUACUCCAUGGGAAAAGGCCAGGCUCCGGUGUUUGAUGUAUUUGAAGCUUUUCUCAAUACCGACAACAUCCAGGUCUUUGCUAAUGCGGCCACUAGUUACAUCAUGUGCCUUAUGAAGUUUGUCAAAGGACUGGGGGAGGUGGACUGUAAAGAAAUCGGAGACUGUGUCCCAGGACCCGGAGCCACGUCCCCAGACCUGUGCCUCCCUGCCCUGGAUUACCUCAGGCGCUGUUCUCAGUUGUUGGCCAAAAUCUACAAAAUGCCCUUGAAGCCAAUAUUCCUCAGUGGGCGACUCGCUAGCUUGCCCCGAAGACUUCAGGAGCAGUCGGCAAGCAGUGAGGAUGGAAUUGAGUCAGUCUUGUCUGACUUUGAUGAUGACACUGGUCUGAUAGAAGUCUGGAUCAUCCUGCUGGAGCAGCUCACAGCAGCUGUGUCUAACUGUCCACGUCAGCACCAACCCCCGACCUUGGAUUUGCUCUUUGAGCUGUUGAGAGAUGUUACCAAAACACCUGGACCAGGGUUUGGCAUCUAUGCAGUUGUUCACCUUCUCCUUCCUGUGAUGUCCCUUUGGCUUCGCCGUAGCCAUAACGACCAUUCUUACUGGGACGUGGCCUCUGCUAACUUCAAGCAUGCCAUUGGUCUGUCCUGUGAGCUGGUGGUGGAGCACAUUCAGAGCUUCAUCCACUCAGACAUCAGGUAUGAGAGCAUGAUCAACACCAUGCUGAAGGACCUCUUUGAGUUGCUGGUGGCGUGUGUGGCCAAGCCCACAGAAACCAUCUCCCGAGUGGGCUGCUCCUGUAUCAGGUACGUCCUCGUGACAGCGGGCCCCGUGUUCACGGAGGAGAUGUGGAGGCUGGCUUGCUGUGCCCUGCAGGACGCCUUCUCGGCCACGCUCAAGCCAGUGAAGGAUCUGCUGGGCUGCUUCCACAGCGGCACCGAGAGCUUCAGCGGGGAAGGCUGCCAGGUGAGGGUGGCAGCCCCCUCCUCCUCCCCCAGUGCUGAGGCCGAGUACUGGCGCAUCCGAGCCAUGGCUCAGCAGGUGUUUAUGUUGGACACCCAGAGCUCCCCAAAGACUCCAAACAACUUUGAUCAUGCUCAGUCCUGUCAGCUCAUUAUUGAACUGCCCCCUGAUGAGAAGCCAAACGGACACACCAAGAAAAGUGUUUCCUUCAGGGAAAUUGUGGUGAGUCUACUAUCCCAUCAAGUGUUACUCCAGAACUUAUAUGAUAUCUUGUUAGAAGAGUUUGUCAAAGGCCCCUCUCCUGGGGAGGAGAAGAUCCAAGUGCCAGAAACCAAGCUGGCUGGCUUCCUCAGAUACAUCUCCAUGCAGAACUUGGCCGUCAUCUUUGACCUGCUGUUGGACUCCUACAGGACGGCCAGAGAGUUUGACACCAGCCCUGGGUUGAAGUGCCUGCUGAAGAAAGUGUCUGGCAUCGGGGGCGCUGCCAACCUCUACCGCCAGUCUGCCAUGAGUUUUAACAUUUAUUUCCAUGCGCUGGUCUGUGCUGUUCUCAGCAACCAAGAAACCAUCACUGCUGAGCAAGUGAAGAAGGUCCUUUUUGAGGACGAUGAGAGGAGCACAGAUUCCUCCCAGCAGUGUUCAUCAGAAGAUGAAGACAUUUUUGAGGAGACCGCCCAGGUGAGCCCCCCUAGAGGCAAGGAGAAGAGGCAGUGGAGGGCUCGGAUGCCCUCACUCAGUGUCCAGCCCGUCAGCAACGCGGACUGGGUGUGGCUGGUCAAGAGGCUUCACAAGCUGUGCAUGGAGCUGUGUAAUAACUACAUCCAGAUGCACUUGGACCUGGAAAACAGUAUGGAGGAGGCACCGAUCUUCAAGAGCGACCCUUUCUUCAUCCUUCCCUCCUUCCAAUCUGAGUCAUCCACCCCGUCCACUGGGGGCUUCUCGGGGAAAGACACGCCUUCCGAGGACGACCGCAGUCAGACCCGGGAUCACGCGGGCGAGCCACUGAGCCUGAGGGGGACCAGCGGGGAAAUGCUGCUGCUGCCCCCGAGCCCCAGGGUGGAGAAGAAGGACCCCAGCCGCAAGAAGGAGUGGUGGGAGAACGCCGGCAACAAAAUCUACACCAUGGCGGCCGACAAGACCAUCUCAAAGCUGAUGACCGAGUACAAGAAGAGGAAACAACAGCAUAACCUGCCCGCCUUCCCCAAAGAGGUCAAGGUGGAGAAGAAGGGAGAGCCACUGGGGCCCAGGGGCCAAGGCUCCCCGCUGCUCCAGCGGCCCCAGCACCUGAUGGACCAGGGGCAGAUGCGGCACUCCUUCAGCGCUGGCCCCGAGCUGCUGCGCCAGGAGAAGAGGCCCCGCUCGGGCUCCACCGGCAGCUCCCGGAGUGUCUCUGCAAGGGACGCCGAAGCCCAGAUCCAGGCAUGGACCAACAUGGUGCUAACAGUUCUCAAUCAGAUUCAGAUCCUUCCAGACCAGACCUUCACAGCGCUCCAACCAGCAGUGUUCCCAUGCAUCAGCCAGCUGACCUGUCACGUGACUGACAUCAGAGUUCGCCAGGCUGUGAGAGAAUGGCUCGGCAGAGUGGGCCGUGUCUAUGACAUCAUUGUGUAGAAGACUCACAUUCCAUUCCCAAGGAAAUACACUAGGAGGUAUGAUAACAAUCCAGUUACAAUCCAGCUGAUAGCAUUUUCCCCCCCACUAGCCCCAGUGACUCAGAGAACACCCAGUUGCUCCCUAACUAAUCAGCAUCGGGGCCAUUCUGGAUACUAAGGUUGUAUCUGGAUGACACAAGUGAAACUCUAAAUUUGCACAUAAUUUCAGAAGACUCUACAUUCCUUGACACAUUUCUAAAUCUUA